AUGAACGAAUAUUGGAAGGAAGAAUGCCUGCCAGAAGGCACCGUGGCCAUCGCUGGAGGAGGACCCGUCGGCCUCAUUCUAGCAAGAGUACUCGCCACAUACGGGGUGAAUUCAGUGCUCUUCGAACGUAAUCCGUCGACAACGACCUGGCCGAAGAUGGACCUGACCAACGCUCGUUCUAUGGAGCUGUUCCAUCGAAUAGGACUAGCAGAGGACCUACGCCGCCAAGGAGUGCCUUCCGACAUUGACCAGGACGUUCUCAUGUCGACAGGCCUGGGCCGCGACCAUCUACUGGCCAAAUGGGAUUUGCCGAGUGUUGACAAGUUUCGACAACGUGUUCAGCAGUGGAAUGAUGGGACGCAGCCGCAUGAGCCAUGGCAGCGCAUCUCGCAAGCUAUCUUUGAGAAGUGGCUCAAGUGCAUCUGUGACAAGGACCCAUUGAUCGAUCUUCGAUACGGCUGGAAGGUGGAGUCGGUGCAAGAAGACUCGGAUCGCGUCACGACGACUGUUGUCGAGCCUGGUGGAACCAAACGAGUCUUCACCUCACAGUACCUCGUAGGUUGUGAUGGCGGGUCCAGUAGAGUGCGGAAAUCACUAGGCAUCUCUAUUGACGGGGGACCCAUCCCUGUGCGCGCCAUUCUCGUCCACUUCAAGUCACGAGACCUUCGGCGACUCCACAAACACGGCAGAUUCUGGCAUAUCUUCUUCACAGAUCCGAGUGGAGGUCUUGGUGGUGCUAUUAUUGCGCAGGACGAGGUCGACACCUGGACGGUUCACCUCUUCGUUCCCAUCGAUUCGACGGAGGAUCCCGAUCUACUUACGUCCGAGGAGGUCGUCUAUCGGGUCAUGGGAGGCAUGUACGACCCAUACCUUAUCACCAUUGAUGAGAUUUUAGUGCGCUCUACCUGGCGUCCUGUCAUAGCUGUUACCGAUGAUUGGUCGGGCCCGCACCACCGAGCCUUCCUCGCAGGUGAUUCGGCUCAUCAGAACAUCCCAACAGGAGGCUACGGAAUGAACAUGGGAAUAGCGGAUGCUUUCGACCUGGGCUGGAAGCUCGCGGCCGUGAUCAAUGGCUCUGGCGGCACUAGUCUGCUCGAGUCUUAUCAGAUCGAACGAAAGCCGGUUGCAAGCAGGAACGUUGCACACUCCGGCGUCCAUUUCCAAGUUCACGCUGGACUUAAAGACAUACUCGCAAGUGGAAACGCAGAUCCACGCCGUGUUGACUGUGAUACUAUGGAGGCUCAUCAAUUGCGAUCUCAGAUACAGCAGUACUACCAGCAGCACGACGGCGAGAAUAAGGACUUUGGAAUCGAGAUGGGUUACAGAUAUCGAUCGCGCAUCGUUGUGCCUGACGACAUCGAUGGUAUCGAACCAGAUUGGACUCCAUCCGCCUACACGCCCACCACAUGGCCUGGAAGCCGACCGCCACAUCUCUUCCUGAGCGAUGGCUCAGCUAUCUUCGAUCACUUCGGAAUGGACUGGACAUUGUUGUGCUUCGGCGACUCCGACUGCGGUCAGGAGCUACUCGUCCAAGAAGCGAAGAAUAUGACCAUACCGCUGAGGACUGUGCAUCUAGCCCAUGAGCGGUUGGCUAAGAAGCUCUACGAACGAAGUCUUGUUCUGAUCCGACCCGACCAGCAUGUUGCGUGGAGGUCGGAUGAGUUGAAAGAUCUCGAAGCGGCUCGCAGAGUGUUGAUGACCGUCACAGGCCGAUUUGAUUGUGUGGAUGCCGCUGUUUGA